AUGGUGAAGUGGAUGAGAGAGAUAUUCAUAUUUUUCUUCUUAGCAAUAUUUUCCAAGGCAAUCGGCUCUUAUCCCUUCUGGAGAACGAGGAGGGCAACUGACAGAUUAAACGAGCGCUUGACCUGGCAGCUAGCCGUGGAGGCUAACAAAGUCCGCGGAUGGCGCACGGUGCCGGCUCAUUGCCUCCACCACAUCGAAACUUACAUGACCGGCGGGCAAUACGAGCAGGACGUUAACUAUGUCGUGGAACAAAUACAGAAUUACGUUGCAGAAGUUACCGUGGAUGAGGAUGCCAUGGAUGCUUGGAUCCUUGACGUAGACGACACCUGCGUACCAAAUAUACUUUACUACAAAAGAAAGAAAUAUGGGUGUGAGCCCUAUGACCCCUGGGGUUUCAAGGCAUGGGCAAUGAAGGCCGAGUGUCCAGAAAUCCCUGCUCUACUGGGAUUGUUUCAGAAGCUGGUGGACAGCGGAUUUAAGGUGUUCUUGAUCACCGGAAGAGACGAAGAGACCUUAGCCACUGCCACCAUUGAUAAUUUGCAUAGCCAAGGAUUCAUGGGCUAUAAAAGGGUGAUUUUCAGGACGGAAGCUUUCAAAGGGGAAUGUUCGGGCAAUCGCACAUUCAAACUCCCUAGUCCUAUGUAUUGUGUUCCUUAA